AUGGAGAUGACCAACAAGCAAAAAGAAUCACUGAAUAAAGCAGUACUUGAGUACCUGCGAUCAGCGGGUUUCACCAAGACGGUGGAAACCUUCCAGGAGGAGGCGCUCGUUGAUCCUGAUCCAAAAUCGGCCGGCCUCCUCGAGAAGAAAUGGACUUCCGUUUUGCGGUUGCAGAAGAAGAUUAUGGAACUGGAGAGCAAAGUGACGCAGUUGCAAGAGGAGGUGGAUAAGGGAGGCGGCGGUGCUGCCAAGAAACAGAACGGGGAGAACAUACCCCCGGCCGCCCUAUUCCACCCGCUGUUCAACAUUCUGGCGUCGGCAUCCGAGGACGCCACGAUCAUGCUAUGGGACUACGAAACGGGCGAGUUCGAUCGAACGCUCAAGGGCCACACGCUGGCGGUUCAGGACAUCGCCUUCGACCAGGCGGGCAAAUUUUUGGCUUCUUGCUCUGCUGAUCUGUCGGUGAAGCUGUGGGACCUCUCGAGUUGGAAAUGCGUCAAAACGUUGCAGGGUCAUGAUCACAAUGUGUCGGCAGUAGUGUUUACGCCAACGGGAGACCACAUCAUAUCCGCUUCGCGAGAUAAGACGGUCAAGGUGUGGGAAGUGUCCACCGGGUAUUGCAUCAAGACCCUGCAGCACGACGAGUGGGUGAAGCGCGUGCUGACGAGCGAGGACGGAACCACUGUCGUCACGGCGUCCUACGACCAGACCAUUCGCACAUGGGACUUGGCGAAGGGCGAGUGCACGGGCGUGUACAGGGGCCACGACCAUGUCAUCGAGUCCAUCGCGCUCUCGCCAGCCACCACUCCCUCUCUCACCCAGGACAGCGAAGCCGACUCGAACGGAAACCACAGGACGCGCAACGCUCGCACGCGAACGAAGGCGGGCAACAAGGGCGGGGCGGGCGCCUACAUCGCGUCGGGGUCGAGAGACAAGACCAUCAGGAUCUGGGACACCCAGACCCAGCAGGAAGUCAUGACCCUCCGCCCACGUGGGCGAUUGCAAUCGCGGCAGGUGGGGCACGACAACUGGGUGCGCACCGUGUUGUUCCACCCCAACGGGAAGCUCUUGAUCUCCGUGUCGGACGAUAAGUCCAUCAUGAUCUGGGACCUGGUGCAGAGGCGGUGCAUCAAAACGAUACACGAGGCGCAUCCGCACUUUGUGUCGUGUGCGGACUGGAACAAGAGGUAUCCACUCCUCGCCACCGGCGGCGUUGACAACACCGUCAAGGUGUGGCCGGCCACAUAA